AUACCCAAUACAACAAUAUCCCAGAGUGCUGAUAGAUGCAACUGGUAUUGAGGAACUGAAGAACUGUGAGAUUGACCAAAACCUGAUCAUCGGAGCAGGAACCACGCUAACUAAUCUCUUGGAUGUGUUCGAAGAGAUAUCUAAAGAAGGCGAUUUCUGGUAUCUACAUACACUACGGGAACACGUACAGAAAGUAGCUCAUAUCUCUGUAAGAAACUUGGCAACAUUAGCUGGUAACCUCAUGAUUAAAUAUCAACAUAGAGAUUUUCCUUCAGACUUAUUUCUUCUAUUGGAGUGCAUUGGAGCUCAGCUUACUAUAUAUUCCCGAUCAGACGAUGGUUCACGAAAAGUGGACACAGUAACAAUGCAAGAGUUCCUCGAUAUAGACAUGACGGGAAAAAUAAUUGUAAAUGCUUUACUGCCACCAUUGAGUAAUGAGUACAAGAUCGCGACUUUUAAGAUUAUGCCGCGUGCGCAGGGCACCCAUGCUAUUGUCAAUGCAGGGUUUUUGUACCAGUUAACUGACGACUACAUAGUGACGAGAUGCAGGAUCGUAUACGGAGGUCUGUCGAACCAGUUCAUUAGAGCGAGGAACACUGAGAACUUCCUGGUCGGGAAGCACCUGUUCACAAACGACACGCUGCAGAACGCGCUGAAAGUCCUGGAUAAUGAGCUGGUGAUCACUAGCGAUCCACUGAGCGCUUCGGUGGAGUUCAGGAGAAAGUUGACUUUGGCUUUGUAUUAUAAGGGUUUGUUAACAAUUUGUCCUGAAGACAAGAUUCAGCAACAAUAUCGGUCUGGAGCCAUAAAAGUCCACAGCACAAGGCCUGUGUCAUCAACCACUCAAGUUUUCAAGACAGAUGCCUCUCUUUGGCCUCUUAACCAACCAGUAAACAAAGUCGAGGCCUUGUUGCAAUGUGCUGGAGAAGCAGUAUAUACGGAAGAUCUGCCGCGCCUGCCCAAUGAGAUGUCAGCUUUCUUCGUUCUCACUGAUGUGCCUACUGGAGAAAUCGUGUCCAUUGAUGCGAGCAAGGCAUUGGCAUAUGAAGGAGUAAUAGCGUUCUAUUCAGCGAAACAUAUACCAGGUCUAAAUUCAUUCACACCAGCGGACAAUAAUUUCGGUCUUAGUAAUGAAGAAGUAUUUUGCGAUGGAACAGUUAAGUACCAUGGUCAACCACUAGGAAUCGUAGUAGCUGAAUCAUACGAAGCAGCCAGCGCAGCUGCAGCACUGGUUGAAGUUACGUACAAAAAUAUUAAAACACCAGUACUGACGAUUGAAGAAGCCAGAAAAGAUUCCUCGAGGGUUACAUUGUACUUUUCGGCGGCUGCGACAAGUAAAGGUGAUAACGUUGUAAAGGUUAUUAAAAGUGGUACCUCAAUAUUCAGCCAAUACCAUUUUACGAUGGAAAAUAUGAGUUGCCUCGCUCAGCCCUCAGAGGAAGGACUCCAGGUCCACGCAACAUCGCAAUGGUUGGAUGCAGUGCAGUUGAUGAUAUCCCGAGCACUCAACAUACAACAAAACAAAGUCGAUGUUCACCUACGACGUCUAGGAGGAUCCUAUGGUCAGAAGACAUCUCGUACCAUCCAGAGUGCAGUUGCAUGCAGUCUUGCUGCAUUUCUAUUGAACAGGCCGUGUCGUUUGAUAAUGCCUAUGCAAGUUACAACUAAAGCGACGGGGAAAAGAUUCCCUUGUCAAACAGAAUAUGAGGUCGGGGUUGACGAUUGUGGAAAGAUCCAGUACAUUAAUUAUGAUUUGUACUAUGACAAUGGCUAUUUGAUUAAUGAGCUCAUCAUCGAACUUAUAUCGAAUGCCUAUAACAACUGCUACGACAAGUCUACAUGGAACUUCAGAUCUUUUAAUGUUACUACUGAUACACACAAGAACUCUUGGUUUAGGAGCCCUGGUAACCUAGAGUCUAUUUAUAAUGCAGAAUUAAUCAUGGAAAAAAUUGCAUGUGAACUCGGUUUGGAUCCUCUAGACGUAAGGCUAGUUAAUAUCGCAGACAAAUAUGCCGAGAUCAAGGAAAUGAUUGAACACGUCAGAAAGAACUCGAACUACGACGAAAGACGUAAGGCGGUGGACAAAUUCAAUUCCGAAAAUCGGUGGCUUAAACGGGGUUUGCGAUUCGCUACCGUAAGAUGGUCACCGAUACCUGUCGGUAGUAUAGCAGUAAACAUGUCAGUCUAUCACGGCGAUGGAUCGAUUUCUCUCACACAUGGUGGUAUCGAAGUGGGGCAGGGUUUGAAUACAAAAGCAAUUCAAAUAUGUGCUUACCUACUUAAUAUUCCGAUGGAUAAAAUACAAGUGAAAGAGAACAAUACUAUAAUAGGCCCAAACGUUUACGCCACUGCCGCUAGUUUGGGAUCACAAAACGUUAAUAUAGGAGUGACACAAUGCUGCGAAGAGUUAUUAAAAAGACUAGAGCCUAUACGGCAGAAGCUGACAAAUCCGACGUGGGAAGAAUUGAUAAAGACGGCUCAUGAAAAUAAUGUAAACUUACAAACUACAGGAUUUUUAGGCAUUCCUGAUAUAAAGAAAUUUGCUUAUGAUAUAUAUGGAGUGGUGGUGGCUGAAGUAGAAGUAGAUGUCCUGACCGGAGAGUUUGAGGUUAUCAGAGUCGAUUUGGAGGAAGAUGUUGGGUUAAGUACAAGCCCCUUUAUUGAUCUUGGACAAAUUGAAGGUGGAUUUCUUAUAGCACAAGGAUACUGGACUUGUGAAGAGAUAAUACGAGACAAAACUACAGGCGAAAUGCUAACCAACCGCCCGUGGAAUUACUACGUUCCGCUAGGAACUGAUAUUCCACAAGAUUUUAGAGUUUAUUUCAGAGAAAAUUCCUACAGCUUUAAAGAACUUUUCGGAGCUAAAGUAACUGGUGAACCACCGCUGUGUAUGGCUAGUGUGAUCCCCUUUGCCAUCAGAGAAGCCAUCACAUCUGCGAGGGUUAACUCUGGAAUUCCUGCAACCGAAUGGUUCCCUGUCAAUGGGCCCUACACCGUGGAAAAAAUUGGUCUCGCGAUGGCGAACAAACAAGAAGAUUUAAAAUUUUAGAUAUAAUUAACAACCAUCAUGUGGUAUUGGGAAUAUAAUAUAAUUAAUUUCAAGUCUAAAAAAAUAUUUGAUUUCUUAGCUGGGUUGAGUUUACGAAUAAAGACUAUCGCUACGGGUCGAAA